CGCCCCGACCGCAACAUCGACAAGGUUGUGCUGGGCGACAUCUGCUUCCGCGCAUGGUACCCGUCAUACUACGGAAAGGACGUACUCGGCGACAGCUCGGGCAACAGCACCAAGGGCGGCAAGGAGACGAAGAGCCACGGCGGCGGCGGCGGCGGCGGCGGCGCGAAAACACACGGACGUCGAGACCGCGAUCACCAUCCGCCCAUGCUAGACAGGCUGUACGUCUGUCCGCGCUGCUUCAAGUAUUCCAAGGAAUUGGUCACAUGGUGGAAGCACGUCCGCUGGUGCGAGAGGCGCGGGUACUUGCCGGGCCGCCUGAUCUACACCCACCCCAAGGGGAAGCGGACGGUGCUGGUGGCGGCGGGUCCGGCGCCAAAGCAGGGACGGGGCAGCAAGCGCGGCAGUGUUGGGCAGAGGUUGGUCGAGCAGGUCGUGCAGGACGAGGGCGAAUGGAGCAUCCGGGAGGUCGACGGCGAGCAAGACGUGCUCUUCUGCCAGAACCUCUCCCUCUUCGCCAAGCUCUUCCUCGACAACAAGUCGGUCUUCUUCGACGUCACCGGCUUCAACUACUUUCUCCUCGUCUACACCCCGCCACCCUCGGCCCCUUCCCCCGCAGCCACAUCCCCGACCACCGCCAAUCCCGAGAUGCGGUCAGUAAGGCCUGCCCCCGUACGGAACAGGAGCCAGAUUGUCGGCUUUUUCUCCAAGGAGAAAAUGUCCUGGGACAACAACAACCUCGCCUGCAUCCUCGUCUUCCCGCCCUGGCAGCGCAAGGGCCUGGGCUCGCUGCUCAUGGGCGUCUCGUACGAGAUCUCCCGCCGCGAAGGCGUGCUCGGCGGGCCCGAGAAGCCCAUCUCGGAUCUCGGAAAGAAAGGAUACAAGCGAUUCUGGGCCGGAGAAAUAUGUCGGUGGAUUCUGGGGCUCUCUGGUGCUGAAGAGAAGGGAAACAAAGAGAUUGUGGUGGACAUCGAAGCCUGUAGCCGGGCGACAUGGAUUGCGCCUGAAGAUUGCUUGUCGGUGCUGCGGGAGAUGGGGCUGGCCGAAGAUGCCGGAGCCGGGCCCCCUCUUGGCUCGAAGGUGCAGGCGCCGAAGAGGGCCGACGAGAGCGCCAACCCAAACGGCUCCGGCGCCUUCACGACGGAAACGGCGUCCUCGUCGCCGGAUCAAGUGGUGCAGAGGGUCCGCAUCUCGCAGGCUGCCGUCAGGGAGUGGGUUGCUACGAACAAGAUUAGCCUCGAGAGGACCUGUGAUCCAGACGGGUUCGUGGAGGGAUACGCCCUGAAG